AUGACCUUAGAGAUUAGCGACUCAAUGGCACUGAACCUUCAUAUCCCACCUUGUAUGCGGUCCGCUGCUGAGCCUCGGCACCCCCCGCCAGUAGAUCAGCCCCUACGGAUUCAGAUUGAGGGACCACUCAGCUCUAUCAAUAAACUGCUGCCUGGGGUAGAAUGGCAGCUUGAGGGCGUUUUCCGUCCAAGCCUGCAGCCAGCUGGGCAAGAGCUUGCCAGAGUGGCAUUCCGGACAAUAUACGGACAUGACAUUCGUCCUGAGAUCGAUGGAGAUAUGGUUGUGCGAGAUGAGUACCUAGGGUGGGUGCAGGAGGAUGCAAGGCCGUGGAGGAUUGACUACUACGGGAUUACGUUUGACCACCUUGUGCCUCCUGGCGACCUGGAUCCUGAGGUAUUACAGAUCAAUAUCAUUGAGAUGGAGGAAGAUGAGGGGGCGUACGCAAAGACAUAUUUGCCAUUUACUGUAGACCCAGCAGAAUAUAGAGGGAGAAAGGUACUGGCGGUGCCUAGGUGCUGCCAGAAGAGGAAGGGUACACAGGAUCGUAGACGAAUAAAUGAGUCGGUACUUCGGAGAGAGGAACUAGCAGGGGAGGUAGGAGAGAGUUAA